GAGAUGAUAGAACACUGACACCAGGUUUAAGAACGAACUGCGACACACCUAUACACACUCACACACACACUCUGUGCCAAGCACAUGCUCCGUCACACACACUCUGCCCUGUAAACCUGCUCAGAGAGGGGAAAAGAAAGAAAAAGACAUAAAAUGAUGACCUUGUUUAGGAUUUCCAGUGGAAUGUUUCUGUUCAUCCUCAUCCUCAGUGCCUUCAUCAUGGACACAGAAACAGCACGAUGCUGCUUUUCCUACACACGGAGGCCUGUUCGCUGCAGCCGGCUGAAAGGCUACUUCAUCCAGGAAAUCACCAGAAACUGUGACAUCAGAGCCAUAAUUUUUAAAGUGAGGAAUGGGAGGUUGAUCUGCGCUGAUCCCAGAAUGGAAUGGACUCAAGAGAGGGUCACAUGCCUGAGGGAAAAGGCUGAAAUGAUGGAAUGAAGGAAGGCUGAAAUGAGGAAGACAUCUUGUUCAGGAAAAAUCCACCCUGAACAAUUUACAUAUUAAUCUUUAUAAUUAACAUGUGAUCUUCAACAGCAUCCGAGAUUUAUUCUGUAAUGAAAUUCUGAGGUAUUCAGUUUAACUGUAUUCACUGUAUUGAGUCACAAUGCUGUGCUGAUAGUGGUGCAGAGAUAACCCUCGCUUUAUCUCUACAUAAAGAGAUUCAUGCA